AUGGCUACUAGCAACCAAGGGCAGGGACAACAUGGCACGGUGUCAUCUCCGUCUUCGUCUACAUCAUCGCCGUUGGAUUCAGAGGACGAGUUGCAAAACAUGUUGCUGGCACCAAUGGCUUGGAAGAACCGAAAGUGCCUUUCCAAGCAGCUAUCAAUGGUUGAGACGCCCAGGGACAUCGCUUGGGAAAGAAAGCGUCGGCUUGAGCGUAUGAGGAGUUCUGUUCAAGAUUCUGGCGAUGAUCUCAUGGAUGAAGACCUUUAUGAGCUCAAAGGGUGUAUAGAAUUGGGGUUUGGAUUCAAUGAGGAAGAUGGUCAAAGGCUUUGCAAUACCUUGCCUGCACUUGACCUCUAUUUCGCCGUGAAUCGGAGGUUGUCGCCUAGUCCUGCUUCAACCCCGAGUAAUGUUUCCACCCCUAGUACUAGCCGUUCUUCUCUCGGCGCUCGUUCUUCGUCAUUCGAUAGCCCAAAAAGUGAUGACUCAUGGAAGAUUUGUAGCCCAGGGGAUGACCCUGAAUUGGUCAAGACUAAGUUAAGGCAUUGGGCUCAAGCUGUUGCUUGUGCUGUAAUGCAAUCAGAUGCUAUGCAUUAA